UCCCCUCCCCCCUCCGCCUGAAGCCCCGCUUUCCACGUUAACAAAAAUUCCUUUCUAACCAGAGGCUUGGCAGUCAAUGAAGGAAGAGCAGAAGGGAAGUAGAACAUCUCACUGAGGACUGCAGUCAUCUCCCUCUCCAGCCAUGAUCUUCAGCAGCCUCCUAGUCUGUAUCCAAGUCCUAAUUUUGUGCGUUUCUUGCGAUUCCGGACCCCUGGAAGACGUCGUCAUAGACCGUUAUGAUGUCCCAAAGAUUUGUCCCAGAGAAGUGCAGAUGGGUGACUUUGUCCGCUACCAUUACAAUGGCACCCUGAAGGACGGGCUGAAGUUUGAUGCCAGCUAUGACAGAGGGAUUGCAGUCGCUGCAUAUGUUGGCAUUGGGCGUCUCAUCACCGGUCUGGAUAGAGGGAUUCUGGGUAUGUGCGUGAACGAGAGGAGAAAAUUAAUUGUACCGCCACAUCUGGGUUAUGGCAGCAUCGGAGUGCCCGGGAUGAUCCCUGCGGAUGCCACCCUCUACUUUGACCUCACCCUGGUGGAUGUCUGGAAUAAGAAAGACGAAGUUCAUAUCACAACUCUGGAAAAACCCAGCAACUGUAACAGGACUGUACAGGACUCUGAUUUUGUCAGAUAUCAUUAUAAUGGAACCCUGCUGGAUGGAACCUACUUUGAUUCAAGUUACAGUCGUUCUAGCACAUAUGACACGUACGUUGGAUCUGGUUGGCUGAUUAAAGGCAUGGAUCAAGGUCUAGUGGGCAUGUGUGCUGGAGAGUUGAGAAAAGUCAUCGUCCCACCAUUUUUGGCUUACGCAGAAAAAGGAUAUGGAACAGUCAUACCUCCACAGGCCUCUCUGGUCUUUCACGUCCUUCUGAUUGACCUUCACAAUCCAAAAGAUGGGAUCACCGUACUGAACCAAGUCAUCCCUCAGCCGUGUACACGCAAGGCGGUUACGGGAGACUUUGUCCGCUACCAUUAUAAUGGAACCCUUAUGGAUGGAACGUUGUUUGAUUCCAGCUACUCAAGAAACACAACCUACAACACAUACAUCGGAAUGGGCUACAUUAUUGCUGGCAUGGACUCUGGCCUGCAGGGCGUUUGUGUGGGAGAAUGGAGGAGAAUAAUCAUCCCACCACAUCUGGGCUAUGGAGAGAAUGGAGCAGGAAAAAGCAUUCCUGGAUCUGCUGUGUUGGUAUUCGACGUCCAUGUGAUAGACUUUCACAAUCCCAAAGACACUGUGGAAAUAGAGGUGACCUAUAAACCAGAGGUGUGCAACGUUACUUCCCAAAAGGGAGAUUUUAUUCAGUAUCACUACAACUGCUCUCUGAUGGAUGGAACUCAGAUCUUCUCCUCGUAUGACUUUGAAGCCCCCCAACAGAUCAACCUUGGCGCAAACAAAGUAAUAGAUGGUCUGGAGUUGGGUCUAACCGGCAUGUGUGUUGGAGAGAAAAGAUCCCUCACCGUUCCCCCACAUCUGGGUCAUGGAGAAAGUGGAGCUCGUGGAAUUCCCCCCAGUGCUGUAAUGAAGUUUGAUGUAGAGUUGUUCCACAGAGAAGAAGGGGUCCCAGAGGGUUAUCUGUUUAUCUGGCUUGGAGACACUCCAGACAACCUCUUUGAAGUAAUGGACUUGGACAAGAAUGGCGAGGUUCCCCUGGAAGAGUUUUCCGCCUUCUUGAAUGCUCAGGUAAAAGAAGGGAAGGGCCGCUUCCUACCAGGAGUAGACCGGGAAAAGUCAACUUCCGACAUGUUCGAACAUCAAGACCGAAACAACGAUGCGAAGAUCACAGCUGAUGAGCUGAAACUGAAGACCGAAGAAGAGCGAGUUCAUGAAGAACUGUAAAGGACAUAGAGCUGAGCAAAUUCGAGAGGCAGCUGGGAGACUUGAGGCCUCAUCUCCUGUCUUUCAAUUUUGCUGGUGUGAAAAGCGCAAUGUCUGCGGCUACUUUAUCCCCUUUACAGAAAAGGCUUUAAUAUGUUGCUGGAAUAUCUGGCUGUAAGGGGACAAUUUGGCAGCUAUGCAGAGUACAAUCCAAAAAAUAUUUAAUGAGCAAAAUCAUGGUAAAGUGACUCAGAUGGACUCCGCAUCCCGGCAAGAGGAAAAGUCAAGCGGUUUUAAGUUUAAGUGCCAAAAGACAUUUGUGAUUUUUUUUUUUUUUCCAAAGUAGCUAGUGAAUACAGCACUUUCAUAUUUUGUUAAACGAUUAGACUCAAUUUCUCCCUUCACAUUUGAUUUUUCCACAGCGACGUUGCACAUAGCAAGCAUCCAAAGAACAUCUCCUUGACUGUUUCCAAACUCUGAUAUUGUUUUCGAGAGGAUGUAAAUGUUAUUUCUGCAAUGGGAAUUCAAGAUUAUUAAAGGGUCUUCAAGCCCAUUUUUAUUUUCA